UUCACCUGCUGGGCGGUGCGCGCUGGGUGGGGAGCUGCCCGCCGGGAGUCGCGGGGACGGAGCUGCUCCUGCCAGUUGCCCACCACCCCUGGCGCACCAUGGAGCCCCCGCGGUUCCUGCUGGGAGUGUCCUUCGUGCUGCUCUGCUCCGCAGGUGUAUCAAGAAGCCUAGUUAUAACUUCAGGUGAAAAAUCAUUUGAACUAGCACAAGGAGAGAAAGUUACGUUGCCAUGUACUUUUGAAAUCUCAGAUGAAGAUCAAGGCUCUCUAGAUAUUGAGUGGGUGUUGAUACCAGCAGAUAAUCAAAAGGACGAACAAAUUAUAAUUAUGUAUGAUGUAGACAGGAUUUAUGAUAAUUAUUAUCCCGCUCUGAAUGGGAGAAUACAAUUUACUAAGUCCGAUCCAAGAUCUGGUGAUGGUUCAUUGGAUAUCCUGAAUUUAAAGGCAGCAGACACUGGCACAUACCAGUGCAGAGUGAAGAAGGCACCUGGAGUUCAAAGCCAAAAAAUAAAGUUGACUGUACUUGUGAAGCCAGCAAGAACUAAAUGUUCCAUUGAAGGAUCACAGGAGAUUGGAAGAGACAUUACCUUGAAAUGUUCAUCACAAGAAGGAUCUGCACUUCUGUCUUAUGACUGGAGAAGAGUGUCUGGCACACAGGGACUUCCUGCCACUUCCAUGCUAAAUAAGAACACAGGGGAACUUGUUUUGAAAAAUGCCUCUAAAGACUAUUCCGGCACAUACCAUUGUGUUGCCUCAAACAGAGUUGGCACAGAUGAAUGUUCUGUUGAGCUGAAUGUCACCCCUCCUAUAAAUACAGCUGGUGUAAUUGCUGGAGCUAUUAUAGGAACUCUCCUGGGUCUUUCUGUACUGGCUUUUCUUGUCUUCUGUUGCUGUAAAAAACACAGAGAGAAGAAAUACGAGAAGGAAGUACAUCAUGAUAUCAGAGAAGAUGUUCCACCUCCAAAAAGUCGCAGUUCAACAGCCCGCAGCUACAUAGGCAGCAACCGCUCUUCUCUGGGUUCAAUGUCUCCCUCAAAUAUGGAAGGAUAUACCAAAACUCCAUACAGCCAAGUCCCAAGCGAAGACUUUGAAAGUCGUCCUGGUCAAAACCCAACCUUUGCACCUUCAAAGGUAGCUGCACCUAAUUUAAGUAGAAUGGGAGCUGUUCCUGUGAUGAUUCCAGCACAAAGCAAAGAUGGGUCCAUAGUAUAAAAUAUUAAUUUAAAUGCUGUUUUUAAUGUGUGCAUUGUAAGUAUUAGAGAGAACUACUGUGUUGCAUCCCUCGUUUAAAUAAUGGCAUGCAGUUUUUUCUUGAAGCAAAUGAACAAGUUAGUUUGAAAAGCCACCAAUUCUCUGUUUUCAUUUUAAACCUGCUGUUAUAUAACAGUUGAACUGUUGGCUAAAAGCAUUGAAGUUCCUAAAUUAAUAUCGGACACUAAAGGUAUUUGGGCCUCAGGUAGGUUGCUGAAAAGACACUGUCAGCUAAUGUGUGGUUCUGAGUGUAUAGCAGUGGAACAAGUGAGAAGUAAAAAAAGCAUUUCAUAGGUAAACCAUGAAAGUUCUCAGUUUCUGAAACUUUAUCAUCAACUUUGGAAUUACACAAACAUUUGAACUUGGCCAUUGUCUGAUGUAGUAGCAGGGGGCUGAAAUUCUGAGUGUGACUUUGAAUUCAGUUCAAACUAAGGAUUUAUGCAGUUCUUUAACCUGCUAAUAUGUUUGGAGCACUUCUUGAGCUCUUACUUCAGAAGCUAUCAGUUAUUUGGAGCUAUCAAUUAUUUGAUUGGUUCAAUUAAUGAAUCUCUUCUGAAUUUAAAAUUGCAGUGAUUGGAAAUGUGACAGGAGACUUUGCAAGCUCUUUGAAAUGUGACUUUCUGUAAUGAAUGCUUCUAGUUAUGUCAGCUAACAUAAUGCUUACCUGAUACAGGAGAACCUAUCAGGUCACUCAUAGUGGUGUCUAAGCUUUAAAAUCCAUAGUUUAACACUUAACAUAUUCGUUCUUACUGUGACAAUAUCUUUAUAUAGGUCUUGAGUUAAUUGCACCUUGUAUUUUCCAAAGCCUGUUUAGAUUCAAAAGCAGUGCUCUUAAUGCUUUUUCCAAACCAAUUACCAAGAAGCUCCAUGGGGGUUUAAUUAAAGCUCUUAAGUAACUGGGUUUUGACAUCUGUCAUCUUGCUCUAAUAUCAUCGUGGAAACAUCUUUUCCUGUCUACAUUUUAGCUGUAGUUUACCUUUGUUUUAAGAUGCUAAUAUCUUUCUGUAUGAAUUUUCAAGGAGUGUAAAUCUCAUUUUGCUUCUUCAACAGCCCUAAACGUUAUGACCAGACAUUUACUUUUAAGAGCAAAAGUUUCAUGCAGCCAAAAUCUGAGAGGAAAUAGUUACCCAGAACUGGUGAUGUAAGUCUUGUAUUUCAAGACUAAACCUCUUCUUCCCAGUUUUGUAAACUUAAAGCAUUACAGGAGGAACAGAACAAUUCCUUAUCCUACUUUCACACAGGUUUAAGGACUUCCAAUAGCAUCUGAUGACUAACAUUAAUAUACCUGUGGAAGCUGGAUAUAAAGCUUAAUGCAUUUUAAAUCCUUGUAGAUAUUUUUCUUCCUGUUUUCUACUGUCUUCAUCCUGUGCUGGGGGGCAGGAGUGGAGGAGUCCCUUCAGCUUAGUCUAGCUGUAAAUAAUAAACCUGAAGGUAUUUUUAAAAAAUCUAAAGACAUAUGUUGAUGAAUGAAAUACCUGAAUAACCUGCUGAAAGAUGUUAGUAUGCAGCAACAGUGUGAGAGGAAGCAUUUUCCCAAACUUCUAGGUUUAGUGUCUGCUUUUUUGUAGCUGCUUAUAGAUCUGUGAUAAAUCCUUUGGCUUACUACUAGAUGUUUUUCCUAUCUGUAGUUAGGUGCACUAUCAAUGUAGAGAACAUACCCUUCAUACUGAAUUUAGAAACUUGAAUGGCUCUUAAGAAUUCUAGACCUACGGUUUUAACACAUUUGGGACUUUUUUAGAUUGUAAACUGAUUAGAGGUGAGACUUUUUUAAUCUUCUUGUGUGCCUUUUAAUAAACUUUGUCUGAUUGUAACUUCAGUUUUUAUGAAAUUUCUGGUGCCUAAACUUACUGUUUGAACAGGUGCUUAGAUGAUGGUACAGUUCUUGAAACAUGACACUGUGAUCUGAUUUCUUGAUUCUUAUGUACUAUUAAUACCUCUUCAUGCCUAUUAUUGGAUGUGACUUCAGUGUCUCUCUCUCUUUUUCUAUUUCACGAUGUCAGUUAAUCCUUCAAUUGCUGAUUAUGAUCUAAGUGUUCCUGAAAACAGUCCAGCUGUUUGUACUAAUGAGAUGCACGACUGACUUGUGUGCUAAAUAUUUGGUUUAUUACCUGUGCCAAACAUGCUUAUGAAGAACAAUAGAUAAGGAGACCUCUUCUUGCAUCCAAUUAUUGUGAUAGAAGAGGCUUCCAAGAUUUUAAUCCUACAGUGAUUGUUUACCUUGAAACUAAGGCCUUCCUUAAUUGAAAGGGUAUAGUUGUUAUAACUACAAGUUGAGUGCAAAACUAAACUGAAUCACAGACUGAGAGAUAGCUAUAAGCCUAAGCAACCAGGCAACAAACCUACUGAAUUUGGUUCUUAGCCAUCUGUGGACGUAUGUGACAUUAGCUGUAGGUUUUGGUUUUUGUUUGUUUGCUUUUGUUUAAUUUGUUUGGCCUGAGACCCUGUACUUAGUCGGGUAAGCUCUUGGACACACUAGAAUGGAAACCUAUUUCACUAGAGCAUACAGAGCAGAGUUUACACAUGCUUAAUGCUCUGUCAGCUCGUACAAAGUAAUAAAUGGACAGAGCAGAAGAGUGGUGCGAUGUGCCCUCAGAGCCUAGCUGUUAGGCUUAGCUGCCUUGACAGCGUCUGUCUAUUCAUGUAAUUGCAUGGAAAAUGAAAGAAAUAGAAUCUGACAUAGUCCUUAUCUGAAAUAAAGAACCUCUGGCUUGGGGUAAAUUUUAUCUCAAGUUGCAAUCAACAUGCCUUUUUGAGUGGAAACAACGUUACUAUGAAAAAUUAAUACUGCUAAUUUAAAUUCUUUUUGUCAAUAGAUUGUUCACUUACACUGGAUUAUGAUUCUCAAAAGCAGCUACUGUAGUUUAGCACAGCUGUGUAAGAGAUGAACUGGUUAAACAUGUGAGGUGUCCGAUCUUACAGGUAACUGCUAACAGAACUAUUUUAGGAAGUAAUGGCAGCUGAUAUACCAGUUAGAAGGUGGCAUUUUUAAUGUCUCUUUAAAAAAAUAUAAAAAAGGAAGGGUGUAUGUGUGUGUGUGUCUAGUACCAUUAUGUAAAUACUCCUAAGGGAACUCAAGAAACCUCUAGUUAAUGUCAUGACUGUAAACUUGCCUGUUGAGGACUAAUAUAUAUAUAGAGAGAGAAAGAAACCCCUCCGUUUUAGCAUGGUAUAAAGUGAAUAAAGUGGUAGACUUGUAAUACUGUAGAGGGUAUGUAACACUUGUCCAUACAUUCAAAGCAUUUUCAUAAACUUUAUGAAAUGGAUAUUUAAAGAUAUUUGUGCAAAACUUCCUUACCUAAAAGUGACUGCUUCUUCCAAAUCUGUGUAGCACACAGAAAUGCCUUGUUGGAGGGGUGAAACGUGACUUUUGAAAGAAAUGUACAAUGCAUACAUCCUUAACAACUCUGAUAGACACAUUCAUAUUAGACAUAUGCCUCCUGCUUGAUAGUACAAGUAAGGCUUCUCAAUUGCAAGUUUUUCUUUAAUGCUGAGUAUUGUAUGCUGCUGAUCUCCACGUUAGGCUUUUGUUCUUCACGGUGUAUAUUCUGGAUCACUUCAGAUGUUUGUUCCAGUCUAAAGAUGUAAUGCUAUUUGUGUCACUUAAACCUUGUUUUAUACACUUGAUAGGUGCUUUAUGGGACCUUCUGGUUGUAUUGGUCCUUCAGCAUUGAAGCACAGCUCAACUGAAAUCAGAGCAAUAAUAUUUCCUGGAAUUCAAAAUGUUACAAUGUUAUGUUACACUUCUCACACACAAAGCAUGGACUUGAAUAUUGAUAUGAAUUUCAGUAUGAAGUUUUAUAUUCACACUUUUGGGGUAAUGGUAUUUUAAAAUACAAGUAUUGUGAGUGCAUUUGUAAAAACAAAAUCCAAAAUUUAAAAAUGCUGUAGUUCCUUGACAGACUUGUGUACUUUUUGAAAUAAAACUGUUGGAGAAAACAGUAGUCUGUCUUUAUUUUAAAGCAGCACUUGUGUAUGGCUUCAGCUUUCUCUUUGUGUAAUUGGAAGUGAACAAAUAAAUAUGGCUGUGUAUAACGUGCUGGCAUUAAUAA